AUGGCCAUCCCGUCCGGCUUUGGAAUGUCUGAUGACAUUUCAAGGCUCUCGCUCGAGCUAGACCGUCAACCCCACCCCCCGCCGCCGCCUCCGCCCAAGGCGUCGAAUAACGGCAUCGUCGCUUUUGAUAUCACGUCAAAGUUCAAGACUGCCGCCGAAACGCUUGCCCCUGGCGAACUGGUCAAGGAUGGCUUCUUCACACUGUUUGAGUCCGUUGGGGCUCUAGAGAUCAUGGACCCGAAGAUGGACAGCGGUUGCUUGGAAGCCGAGGAUUCGCUAGACGUGGACUAUGAUGUGACACGCCCUCUUCUCCCUGAGGAGGUUCUCGGCAUAAUCGACCAGCUGCUCUGCCACGAAAUGGCCUGGCAUGUUGGAUACCCCCUCUCUCAGACCGUCCUCACAAGUCUGUACGUCGAGUCGAUUCUCAUGCCGAAUCCUGCCACCAUCGACGACGCCCACUUCAUCAGGGAUGCCAGCAAUACGCCGCCGGCGCCGAUGCAUGCCGUCCUUCGAGCGUAUUGCUUGGGGCUGUUGAAGACAUGCGGUAAUGUCAACGAGAGGAUCAAGAAUGAGCAUUACUAUGAAGAAGAGGACUUUGUCACAAAUACGUAUAACAGGAUCCUCCUCGACGAUUUCAGCAUAGAGUCUGUACGCGAUGUCCUGAAGGACGCAAGUUUCAUUCUGCGGCAACUAUCGGAUUCAAUACCAAAGGAAACCAUAGACGCCCUCAACAAUAGGCUGCUCCUCCGGUACACGUUCCUCGCAGCGAUAGACCACACGCAGUACCGGACAGAUCCGGCCCUCAUCAGAAGCCCCUGGAAAGAAGCUUUGGACUUGCUUCCUAACAUUAAGAGCACCCAUGCGCUAGGCAAAUCCGUACCGGAGGCUUGCAGUGCGAAACUGCAGCGCAAGCUCGCCAGCACGAUGCCGCCGCGGCCCAUUGUUGAGAUCAGUUUUGACAACGCCUUUGGACACCUCACGAAGAUGAUCAGCGACGGGCUGGAAGUCGUCGGAGUGCUCGACUACACCGACGCCAUCUGCCUCCAGACCUACGUCACAACCUUCCAAGCAAAGAAGCCUCAGCCCCUAAUCUUCGUCCGCACCCUCCUCCAAAGCUUCCUCUUCAAAGACAUGCAAGUCCUCGGCCACAAGUCCAUCCGCCAGCUCCUCGACGAUGACCUCGCCAUCGUCUCCCUUCCCAACAGCCCCCUCCUCGACCGCGCCAACGACGACGUCGAGGCCCCGCAGGACCCGCGCUACGCCAUCGCCGAGAGCAUGGAAUCCUUCCGCAUGCGCGCCGCUCAGCCCUACCUCGACAUCCUCCGCACCUUUUGCCAGAACCGCUGCCGCGUCCGCCGCACCCUCUGCCACAUUGUCCGCGACUGGGAGAAUCUCCAGUUCGAAGCCGAGGAUAUCGACCAAGUCAUCCAAACCCACGCCGGCGAGCGGCCCCUUGUUUAUCAGUCGGCCACCGGCCAGCCCGUCGAGCAGUGGUCCCUCCCGCUCUCGUCGUGGGCGUACCUGUACAAGAUCAAACAGAUGGAGUGGAUCGUCCAGCUUGGCUUCGAGCUCGAGGUCUACCAGCCGGACGAGCUGGCCGGCAUGUACUGGUACCUCAACUUCCUCGCAAAGAACCGCCUCCAGCACGUCGAGCGCAUAAAAUCGUUCGUUGUUCGCAGCCUGAACCAAGCCCGCUCAGGGGCCAGCAGCAACAAAUCAACAUCAUCAUCAUCAUCAUCAUCCUCGGGCGGCCUCACACCCGCCGCAGAAGCCCAAUACACCAAAUCCCUCGCCUUCCUCCGCCAAACCCUCCUCGACGCCGCCGCGACAGAAGGUCUCGCCGACGCCCUCUGCUGCCUCUACACCGUCCUCCACCGCCACCACCUCAUCAAACCACCUCCGCGACCCUACAGCACCGACGAGCUCCGCUACGAGCUGCGCAUGAAACCCUUCGCCGCCAUCGGUCUUCCCUCGCUUCCGACCUUUGAGGAAUACACCAUCGGCACCUCGCAGUCGGACUGCCCGACGCGCGACCUGCUGGAGCUCGCGGACCGGGCCGUGGCGGGCGCGAAGAGGGCGCUGGAGGUCAUGAGCAAGUUUUCCGAGGCCGAGGCCUUCUCCGUCGGGUCGCAUGAUCGGUGGGUGCCGUCGGUGAAGAACGGGCUCAAGGCGUGCAUCGCCACGGGGCUGGCCGUCUCGGUUGUGCGAAAGGCGUUGGACAAGUCGGACGGCGAGGGCGGGGAUCUGAAGGUCAAGGCCGAGGUGCCGACUCCUGACAAGUCGUAUCACGAGUGGUGGAUCGUUCCGCGAAUCAUACCUGUCGCAUGA